UAUAGUUACUCAAUUGAUGUUAAACAAACCAAACCUUAAUUAACUUUAAGUUUCCUUUGUUCAUCCUUUGUGUAUUUGAUUGUAGAACUCCCUUGGUGAUUGGACAGUCAUCUCAGGUUUCCAGUGAGCAAGGCUGCCCGAUCGGUGUUACCGAUACUGGCUGCGAGUGAAACUCGGUCCCUCUUGUCUCAAGAGACGUCAGCAAUUUUCGCACUCCAAAGGUUGUGCUAAAAGUCACAAGCCGUGCUGUCCUGCGACACGCCAGAGUAACGGAGGACCGGGGACACUGCGGUUCAGUGUUUGGGGAGCACCGGGGAGGUUGACCAAGCCACUGGUUCCCACCUGAAUGACUUCAAUUCACCCAGAGACAGUAACCUGGGAGCCACCAACGAAGUUAAAUAGUAGAGCGACCACCAGCAGCCGGUGUCAUCACACGACCCGCUAGGCUACUGCCUGUCAAAUCUCCAUUUCAGGUCCUUCGUUGACCCAAGUUAAUUGGCUACUUAACUGUCUGACUGUUUGCAUCAGUCAGCCCCAAAAUUCUCAUAAACGGCACAGCCCGUAUGAAUAUAGCUCGUUAAACGUAGAACGAACUUGCAUUGGUCUUUUUGUGUGUGUGUGCUGUGCUUCUCUCGCCGACAGAGAAUCAGGAUGUUCCAGGCAUCCAGUCCAGCAGUCCACGGGGGCAACCUCUCGACAUGGUUGAAAGCAGUGACGACCCCCUUCCUGCCCAAGGACGCCAGUAACCUGCAGCACCCAGAGCAACUAGACACCGAGCUAGAUGAACUGAUGGCACGCGAUCCAAACCAAAGCGACUACUACAGAGAACUCGCCAGGAUCUUCGGAAGCCUAGUUCACAUUCUCGUCACCCAGGCACGGCUCAGUGAACGGAGCAACAUCGCGGAGGAGGCCUGGAAGGACCAGGCCCCAACCCAGAGUCAUCUUGAUCAGCUUCUCCUCGAGACCCAGAACCAGCACAAGAAAGAGGACGACACAGAUCCAGAGCUACAGAAAGGAGUUGAAAGACUUCACAAUGCCCUGCAAGAUCUUCGCCUCGACACAGAUCAAAGAGAACAGCUGGAGAGAGAAGCCAGAAAAGAACUCAACAAAAAACUCCAGCAAGGCGACGCUCUCCUAAAAGGAGCAGAGACUGAACUGAAAGAAAAAGACUAUAAAACCUGGGCCUGCAAAACACACUUGCAAGCGGCCCAAGCUAAAUUCAACAAGCUUACUCUGCAGAGAGACGAGCUCCAAGAUGAACUUGACACUGUUCACACAGAACUGAGACAAUCUCACAGAUUACAGAGUGGCUGGAUCGGAGAAACGCACACCACAAAAUUUCUCCCGGGCCGCCACUCCAACCCUUUCAGCCAAGAACCCAGAGCUGGAAAAGGGGGUGUAGUCUCCCUUCUAAGGAAAUCACCAGCCAGCUUACAAGAACAUCUGUCAAUAACGGAGGGAAGAGAACCCUUCCAGAGAACGCAUGUCACCAAACCCUGCACUGCUCACAGAGAACUUCACAAGCUAGCCAGAAGCAUCUCUACAUUCAUUCCAGAUCCUGCAGGAGGACAUGAUGUUCAUGCUUCUUUACAAGCCAUUGACUUUCAUUUGCAAACUGUCGCCAACGUGACAGAUGUGAACACAUUGUACCUGUUAAAAAUCACGGCCAGCCGUGAUGUGCAUUGCUUUCUGGAUCGUCAACCAGAGACGGUCAAAGCGUACUACCAGCAACUGCUACAGACUUUGAUUCUUGAAUUCUCUGAUCCAAACUCAGAUCAUGGGCUCCUUAUUGCUAUGGACCUCAAACAGGGCCGAUUUGAAAACCCACAGACUUUCUGUAGUCAGCUACGAAACACCUACUUCGGAGCAUGCAACGAACCAGGUAUGGAACAGGAUUUCAACUUAAAAACUCUGUUCCUCCCAAACCUACAUGCCAGUUGGAGUUUUCAUCUCAGAGUCCCAGCGUGUCCCCGUAACAGAACUACACAAGAGUUACGGAACUUAGCCCACAAAGCUUGCACCAAGCAAAAGACUAUUUGUGAAAAGACUGUGAAAAACCCCAACGUCUCUGUCUCUGAGCACUGCUUGGAGUUAACCCUAGAUGGCGCUCUACAACACCACAGUCACAGACAUCUUUACAGAGAGUCAAUACCAUUCCAAGCCAGCAGAGGGCAACACAGUGCAGCCACGUCUGAGACAGCAGAGAUCCUGAGGGUGCUGAAAGAUCUUCUUCACAUGAAUACUCGCAAGGAAGAUGAGCCAAGCACCCAGAACACUGCCCGAGCUCCACAGUCAACAGCUACAGCUAACUGAACGAGACAGCACAGGUCCUCACACCAGGCACCACAAAC